AUGGAAGAAGUGGUUGUUGUACCUGAAUGUUCUCCCGAUCUGAAGCCUGUUGUAGGUCAGAAAUUCCAAUCCUUGGAAUUCGCUUUCGCUUGCUACGAGGUAUAUGCCCGCGCUGUUGGCUUUGAUACGCGCAAACAAGCUACGAGGAAGGUUGAUGAUGUCACGACGUGGUAUCAAGUUGUAUGCAAUAGGGAAGGAAGGAAGAAGGGUGAUGAAGAUGACCAGUUGAAUGCCCGUUCUGGUUUCACUAUCAAGCGUAGAAAGUUAUCUAAGCGGUGUGGUUGUACGGCUAGUAUAUCGUUCAGAUUUUUCUCGGAAGAUUGCUUGUCAGGACCCAUGCUCACAUUUAAGGUAUUGAAGGAAAUUGUUGGUGGGUUUGACCUAGUUGGUUGCACUGUUGGGGAUAUUAGAAAUGCCUCACGGGACAUCAAAGCAUACGCACAAGGAUUUGAUGUACAAAUGGUGUUGGAUGAUAUGGCUAAGAAGAAGGAGAUGUCCGAGGCGUCCACCUAUCACUACGAAGUUAACGAAUCCGACCAGUUGGUUGCUCUGUUUUGGUGCGACGGUUUGAUGAAGCAGAAUUACCACAUGUUUGGUGAUAUUGUGUCCUUCGACUCCACGUACAACACAAACAGGUACUGUAUGAUCUUCACCCCUUUCACUGGAAAGGAUAAUCAUGGUAGUCCUGUGACAUUUGCGGCCGGAUUGGUGUGCAGCGAGAAAACGGGGGCAUUUGCUUGGUUGUUCAGACAUUUUGUAAAUUGUAUGGGUGUAGCACCCAGGAUGAUUGUGACCGAUCAAGAUUUGGGUAUGCGAUCAGCAAUUGAAGAGGUCCUAGUUGGCACACGUCACCGUUGGUGUAUGUGGCAUAUAAUGCAUAAGCUGACUGUCAAGGUACCAAACAGAUUGUUGCGGGACGACGAUUUCAAAAAGGAAUUUAACGCUUGUGUUUGGUCGGACCUAGUUGAGCCGGGCGAAUUCGAGGAGGAGUGGAAUAGAUUGGUCGAACAUCAUCAGCUAGAGGACAUCGACUGGUUCAACACAUUGUAUGCGUAUAGGAAGUACUGGAUACCGGCGUAUUUCAGGGAUUUUCCUAUGAGAUCGAUGAUUAGGACUACGUCCAUAUCUGAAUCAGAGAAGAGUUUCUACAAAAAUUUUCUGAAGCCCCGAGCUAACAUAGCCGAAUUCUACUUGAAUUUCAACCACGCCAUAGAAUUCCAGCGGAACAGUAGAACAGCUUUGGACUACCGCGAUGCCACUGACAUACCCAUACUAGCAACGACUCUGCCAUUCGAGAAACAUGCUUCCAUGUUGUUUACCGAUAGUAUGUUCAAGAAAAUACAACAAGAAAUUGUGGAGGGUAAUGACAGAUGUCGUGUGCUGGGUUUUAUGUCCGGAGAAACGGUUGACACAUACAAGCUUGGCGAUAGCAAGCGCAAUGCAUACUUUGUUCAUCAUGACAAGACUGAUGAUACUUACUCGUGCGAAUGCAAACUAUUUGGUCGGCAUGGUUAUUUGUGUAGUCAUAUAUUUUUCUUGUUUCGGAACAAUGAGGUGAAAAAAAUCCCGGAUAAAUACUGUGAUAGUCGAUGGAUGAAGACUCCCUUAGCCAAGGCUGUACAUGGGGAGUUGCAGGAUCCCUUGCAUACCCAUUCCUCCGCUGGCGAUAGGCAAACUGUGUCUAAACAGGCGAUUUUGAUGUUUUAUGGUUUUCUUAGACGGUUUGAGACCGACAUCGAUGUCUUACGUGCAUUUGUAGGUGGCGUUGAAGAACUUGGUAACUCUCUUCAAACUGGUACUCCGGCAACCUCAGCUGCUGAGAAGAGGCGUAUGGUUGAUGAGUUUUAUGGAAUGGUAAGGCUUGAAUCUAUUGCGGUUCAUCCUCCGGAUGUCGUGAAGACGAAGGGCCACGCCAGCAGCUCUGCGAGUCGUCUGAUUUUGAAGAGAGAGAAGGCUAUAAAAGGAUGCGUCAAGGCCUCUUAG